UGCCCAUUGUGAUAGAUAUACUGAUCAACCUCACUUUAAAUCAUUUUAUUCCUCUCAUGCAGGGACAGCAGCUCACACUGGUACACCGGAUCAUUCAGGUUUGAACCGUCCGUGCUGUGGCUGCUCAUGGAGCCCGCUUUUGGUAGUGAAGUGGGAGCCGAAAUAGUAGCGACUCUUUUGGUAAUGCCAGCGGUGCCUGCGACUUCCUUUAGAGGGGAGAAGAACACGCAGAGGACAGCGUGUAAAAAUGUCAUGGGGGUGUUUCAAGGGAGGCGAGAAGAGGGUGAAAUUAUGUAAGGUUGCUUAAAGUUCACGAGUUUUUACACCUUUUCUAUCAAAUAGACAAUUAAAUUUAAGUAAUUCUCGUUAAUUAUGAAAGCAAGAAACGGAAAUUCGUCUUUUUUUUUGCUCCUAUUUGCUGCAACGUCCCCCCAGUCACACCAGUGCAGACAAUAUGUGUAUUCCAGUUUAUACCAGAUCCUGACAUAUCCUGAAAAAGCCUCUAUUGUCUAACAAAAAGUUUAUUUGGAGGAAUUUAAUUCAUCUCGCGGUCAGUGGGCGGGGCCUGGUGGCAGCAUGACUGACGCUGAUUGGUCAGCAAGUAGGCCUCCUUGACAAGCCCAUGGCACAUGUAGGUAUAUAUGCACUUUGAGCUGCAAGAGGCAAAGGAAUAAGGAACAUUUAUAUCCACCACAGCUUAAUAUCCUGUCAUCUAUCUGAUUCUGUGAAAUGAAGAACCAUCAGCCUCUUCAUGUGGCCACCCCAGUAAGGCAGAGUCUUGCCCUGACUAAAGUGGCAGGCACCUCUGUUUACCUCAAGCUGGACUCAUCACAGCCCACAGGAUCCUUUAAGAUAAGAGGCAUCGGUCACCUCUGCAAAACAUGGGCCGAGAGAGGAUGUGAGCGUUUCGUCUGCUGUUCAGGAGGAAAUGCUGGAAUGGCUGCAGCUUAUUCUGCCCGUCAGCUCGGUGUUCCUGCAACUAUCGUCGUGCCAAGUGUCACCCCAAACCCCACAGUGGAGAGACUGAAGGACGAGGGCGCCACCGUGGUCAUCCAUGGCAAGGCUCUCAAUGAAAGCAUUGAAUACGGACAGCAACUUGUGGCCAACAACCCCGGCUGGAUAUUCAUCUCCCCCUUUGAUGAUCCUCUCAUCUGGGAGGGCCACACAUCUCUGGUGAAGGAGCUGGAGCAAGACAUGACAGAGAAGCCAGGAGCCAUCGUGCUGUCGGUGGGAGGCGGAGGGCUGCUGAACGGAGUGGUGGAGGGACUGCGCCGUGCCAACUGGGCUGAUGUGCCCAUUGUAGCUAUGGAAACCUUGGGAGCACAUAGCCUCAAUGCAGCCAUGAAGGCCGGAGAGCUGGUCACUUUACCUGAAAUUACCAGUGUUGCAACCACACUGGGCCUGACAAGGGUCUCUGCACAGACUCUGAAGCUGGUGGGGGAGCACACAGUUUUCUCAGAAGUAGUCACAGACCAGGAGGCUGUGAAAGCUGUGGAAAGCUUUGUAGAUGAUGAGAAGGUCCUGGUGGAGCCCGCCUGCGGUGCAGCUCUGGCAGCUGUUUACAGUGGCAUCAUCAAAAGGCUGCAGGAUGAGGACAAGCUGGCGCGGAGCCUGGGCCCUGUGGUCAUUGUGGUGUGCGGAGGCAACAACAUCAGCAUGGAGCAGCUAAGGAGGCUGAAAAAACAGCUUGGUAUUAUCUAGCGUGGCCUUCCAGACCUUUCCUCUAUUCCUCCAUCAGCUGGUCUCAAUCCCAAAACCUAUGAUUCAUGUGCUCCAUAGACCGAAUCAUUCCAGACUGUGAAACUCUUCUGAGCACAGAGACCGACAGAUGUGAGGGUGACAUGCUGAAGGGAUGUUUUGUUCUUGUAAAAAUCUGAUAUUGCUCUGGUAAAGGUAGUUGUCUUUCCAAAAAAAAAGUAUAGAUACAUUUAGAUUGUAUUCAUGUGUAUUUAGCCUGCUUUCUUUGUAAAAGUGGUUUUAUGUUGU